AUGGUGCUUGUUUAUAAGGACUUCUUGCUAACGCCAGAGGCCCGUCUUCAACCGUCCCGGAAGCUGCGGCCAAGGUGGUUUGGGCCCUACCGCGUGCAGGCAAAGAUUAGCUCAAACGCAUAUCGUUUGGAGCUUCCUCGCACGAUUCGUUGCCAUCCCGUCUUCAACAUUACUGCCUUGCGGCGGUAUGAGGAAAACGCUGUUCCUGGCAGAGAGCAAUCUCCACCACCGUCAUUCACUGACCUCGAUGGAAACACACGGUUCAUGGUCGAAGAAAUUCUGGAUCACCGAGAACGUAGGGGACAGCGAGAGUACCUGGUCCAUUGGCAGGGCUAUCCUGUCGACGAAGCUACAAGGGAACCCGCAACUAAUUUGCGCGAUGAGUCUGGCAGAGACAUUGUGUUAUUUAAAUUCAAGGAAUCUUCACUGAUAUUGCAGCUGAGUUAA